UUUUCAAUACCCACCUCUCUCUCGUUUUUUUACAAAAAUAUUUUUUGAGUACUUUCUACCCCCUCCACUUACUUUUCACCCCUUACUUAAACCACAACGUCCCCAAGCCUUCAAAAAUACUUUAAAGCCUCCUUUUCCCAUUCAAAACCCCAAAAAAUGCCUCAAUCCACUCCAUCACCCAAAAAACUUUUUAAAGCUUUUUCGGGUAAUAAACGCCGAAAAAACUAAAAACUAGACUAAUAUAUUUAUUUCCCUAUGCGUUCCAUAAAAGAACAUAAAAAACGUCUUCUCAGCAGUCAACUUUUACCCAAAAAUUUUCCUUCUCUUCUUUUUUUCUAUUCAUCCCAUUCAUCUCUCCAGGCGGUCCUCAUCCCCCUUCCCCUCUCAAAAAAAUUUUUUUCUAUUUUUUAUUUGGUCUUUUUUAAAAAGUCGUUGAUCCGAGGAAUUGGUUAUGAACUUAAUGAAGAGAUUUUUUAAAGAAAAAAAUAAAUGGCAUAGGAGAAGAACAAGUAAUAAAUCGGAAAUGUGUCGAAA